GCCGCUGUGAUACUGAAUUGAGCAGCUUCGUGACUCGUGAAAGUGGUGAAGGUUCCAAAGGGACUUGUCAGUACCGCUCUGUUGAAUGGCCGGACUUAUUUUGCAUUCCCAUUUCUUGCAAAGAAGCAAGAUUCACCAAGCUGAGACUUUUCUCUUGAAAACAACUAGCUAUCCUUCCAUUGCUAGGUUGACCACUGGUCGAACAUCCAUAGGAUUUCUCGCUGGAGCAAAAAGGCAAGUGAGACAGCUUCAAAUAAAACAACCCCAAGCUUCCAAGAAACAGUUAAGAGAAGGCAGAGACGAGCAGGAACACCCCUUCACUGACACUCACGCAGUUGCCAUGGACCUUCAUAAGCAGUGGGAGAACACAGAGACGAACUGGCACAAGGAAAAGAUGGAAUUACUGGACCAGUUUGACAAUGAAAGGAAGGAAUGGGAAAGUCAAUGGAAGAUCAUGCAGAAGAAGAUAGAAGAGCUUUGCCAUGAAGUAAAGCUUCGGAGGAAAAUCAACAUGAAUGAACGUGCUAAGACCAUUGAUCUUGAUCGUGAGAAGGCCCAUCAAGAUAAAGUGGUAGAAUCUUCUCCAAAUUACCCCAAUUCAGGACAAUGUGAAUUUACAGGGAUGAAUCACAGGGAUGGUCUGGAAAAAGAAAAUAAAACAGAGCAGAGCUUACUCAGUGAAGGAAAUCAAAUGUGUAAGGAACAAAAAGCAACAAAAAAAUCAAAAGUCGGGUUUAUGGGUCCUUUGGCCACAGACAGCCAAACGGAAUGUGAGGCCUGGCCUGACCUGCGGACUUCUGAGGAAGAGAGCAAGAGCUGUUCUGGCGCCCUCACCACAGCUCUUGAGGAACUUGCCAAAGUUAGUGAAGAAUUAUGCAGCUUUCAAGAGGAAAUUCGAAGGCAGUCUAACCACAGAAGGAUGAAGUCAGAUUCUUUUCUCCAGGAAAUGCCAAAUGCAAUUAAUAUGCCUCAUGGAGACUACAUGAUCAGUGAUGGCCAGUGCAUUCUUCCAAUCAAUUUAGAGAAAGAAAAACAGAAAAAUAAAAAGAAACUGAACUGUACCAAUGUGCUCCAAAGCAAUUCUGUGAAAAAAUGUGGAAUUGAUACCAUUGAUCUGCAAAGAAAUGAAACUCCACCAGUUCCUCCUCCAAGAAGCACAUCUCGAAAUUUUCCCAGCUCAUAUUCUGAACAAGCCCAUGAAAGUCUGAAGGAAAGUUUAGAUCACAGCAGCUGGGUAGCCCAAAAGGGUCAAGGUGAAAGGACCUGCAAUCCUCAUUUCCUUUUGAGGCACAAUGAGAUGGCUACACGGUGUCUAAGUGAGGGGAAGACUUUGAAAGAUGGUAUCAUGUUUUCUCCUCUGGCACCAGAAGCCAGAAUAGAUAACAAGCCUCCAUAUGAUGAAAAUGUUGGGCUUAGCAUGUGGUCAUUCGACAUUGGGAAAGGUGCAAAAAAUAGCCCCUCUACAUUGUGGUUUCAGAAAACCUGCUCUACUCCCAAUAAGCCAAAAUAUGAAAAGGUGAUCCCAGAUCACCCUGCUAAAUCUCAUCCUGACCUUCAUAUAGGCAAUGACUAUAGCUCCUCAGUGACACAGAGCAGUGGCCCACUUAGAAGUUUCAGUUGUGGCUUUGAAAGGACUACGAGGAAUGAAAAGCUAGCAGCAAAGACUGAUGAAUUUAACAGAACUGUGUUUAGAACAGAUAGACAUUGUCAUGCAAUACAGCAAAAUCAAAGCUACUCGGAAUCAUCUGAAGAUCUUAAGCCCUGUGGUACCUUAAUUACUCAUGCAGGUAACAUAUCAGAAAAUGACAGUGUGUCUGGUAUUCUGAAAACCAGUGCCCACAUGCCUGUGCCCAGGGAAAAUGUGGCUGAUAAUCCCACCAAAAAAUGCACAACAGGUCUGGUGAGACAAACGCAGGAACACGUAAGUCCUAGCAGUUAUCGUAAUAUGCUCCACGAGCAUGACUGGAGACCAAGUAAUCUGUCUGGCCGGCCAAGAUCAGCUGAUCCUAGGUCAAAUUAUGGUGUUGUGGAAAAGCUGAUGAAAACCUAUGAGACAGCAACAGGGUCUGCCUUACAAAAUUCUAAGUGCUUCCAGGAUAAUUGGACCAAAUGGAAUUCUGAUGUCAGUGGUGGGGCCACAUUAAGUCAGCAUUUAGAAACGCUCCAAAUAGAACAAGAGCUUCAGCGAAAGACAGCCAUGUGUGGGGCACAGCAAGUGAAGCAAGGAGUAGAUCGGAAAAAGAUAACAGAGGAAUCCAUGGCAGUGAAGUCCUCACAUGGAAAAGGAUUUUCCCGACCUGCUAGACCAGCAAAUCGCCGUCUCCCGUCCAGAUGGGCAUCCAGAUCUCCAUCGGCUCCCCCUGCCUUUCAGAGAACUGCCCACAGUUAUGCCAUUUCUCUGCGAUCUGAAGCAUCGAUGGUCUGAGUCUCUGGCCUGGAUUGCUUGGUUACAGAAGUCCCAAUUGCCAAACAGAGCAUUCUGAGUGUUUACAGCCAAUCCUGUCUCUUACAGUAUCUUUCAAGAUCACUGGGACAAACAGUUUAAAACUUAACUUCCCAUCAGUCUUCAGUGUUUUUAAUCUAUGGAAUAAUUAUCUUCCUGUAUUUUGAUUUAUUAGAUCAGAAUUUUUUAAUGCCAUCUUCAUGAGAUUUGCCAACAUGAUUUAAGUUGAAACAAUGUACUAUAUUGUAUAUUCUAACUUUCUUGCGAGUGGCAGAAAAAGCAAGUUUAUGUGCAUGCCAUGUGUUUGUAGGUGCAUGUGUUGAAACAGGAAAUAUCUUAGUAUGUAUUUAGAUAAGAAAAAUUUAUGUGCUAGUGUUGACUUUGAAAUUAUAACAUGUAUACCUAUAUAUUCUUUGUGUUUAUUUAAAAUUUUUUAAAAUAUACAGUAUUAUUUAUAUUUUGUAUACCUUUUAAUAGGUAUCCACUUAAGGCAUUUGAGAUAUAUAUAUUAACUAAUCACUUCCUUGGCCCCAACUACAUUGAAAAAUAAUUACACACGUAUCUAACAUUGGUAUAUUUCUAUAUACAACUCAUAGUUUCUUAACCCAUAUGAGGAUAGACUAAUACCAUUGAUCUCCUUGUUUUCUCUUUUAAAUAUAUAAAAUUGUCACGGGUUUAACAGAUCAGCCUUCUAAAGCAAACAUAAAAUGUUCAUAAAAUCUUUGUUAUAUCAUUUGGUAGUCUAUUACGGCUUUUACUGAAUACUCGAUACUUAGAGCUAGUAUCAUGAGACUGCCUUAUAAACGAUAUGACUAAGUAAUGAAUUUAUUUUGUCAACUUCAGUAACAAACAUUCCUUAAAUGGGAUAUGAAAAGAAAUUCAAUUAUGUUGAAUUCUACUUUUUGUUAAAAUUAUUGUAAACUUUUAGUUCAGCUACUUUAUUUGGAGUCAUACAUAUUGAAAGGUAAGUCCUUUACUUUUUCCUUUUUCUAACGUUUCCCCUAAAAUUAGUAGAUAAAAGACUAAUUCACUUUUUUUAUUAAUAAGGAAAAUCAGGAAUGACAUCUCACUGAGAGCUGAAAUAUAAUAUAUUUCUUAGAGUGUGCUACAUUAAAAAAGCCUUAAGCUAAACUUUGGCAUCCGUGAGUAGCAUAAGAAACAGAAACGAUUUUUUUGGCCACAAUUUGCGAACAGUGAACACAAAAUCUGUAUUGAGAAC